AUAGCGAUGCCGAUUUCUUUGGAGUUUGAUGUAUUUGUUCAUACUCGAACAAGCAAUAAUGCGUCUACCUUGAGAAAAUAAUGCGACGCGAUUUUUUUUACAUUUUGACGUUCAUAGAACGUUGGAAGCUUGAAGCGUAUUCUCAGUAUUCCUGAAAAUAAAUAUGCCGAAUACAAUCUAAAUAUACGAACCAUCCUACCUCGAUGUGAAUUCCAGCAAAUGAUAUAGGCAUGUGUGCGUCCAAACAAAAGGCAUUCACUUCAAUUAUCCUAUAUGUACUGUAUACCACUCACCUAUAGCUCUCCCCAGCUUUAUCAGUUUCAUUCCGGCAAGCGCAAAUUAAUCAACCAUUGAAGCGAGUGAUGUUGAUACUAGUUUUGCUAACAUCGCUAGUUAUCAUAGCAGUACUAGCGUUGGUGCAUUCGCGGUUACGCCAAUUCCCGCAACUACCAGGACCACGAGAAUGGCCAUUAGUUGGAAGUGCCCUGGAGUUCAUAAAUCGGAGCCCUGUUGAUAUAUUUCAGCUCCUACGGAAAUACGCUAAAGAAUAUGGAACAGCGUACAAAUUUUGUUUCGCUUAUGAUUACACUUUGAUUUUCGCGAAACCGGAGAUUGUGGAGAAAAUCGUCAACACGCAAUUGUUUGCUUCCAAAUCUCAGGACUACGAUAAGGUAGCAGAAUGGAUAGGUUACGGUUUGUUAAUCUCGAAGGGCGAGAAGUGGUUCAGACGGCGAAAAAUUCUCACUCCAGCUUUUCACUUCAAAGUUUUGGAGAGUUUCGUUCGAGUAUUCAAUGAGCAAAGCAACGUUUUGUGCCGCAAGCUGGCUAGUUUCGAUAAUUCCGAAGUGGAUAUAUUUCCACUGUUGAAGAUGUUCACCCUGGACGUGGUGUGUGAGUCGGCACUAGGAUAUAAAUGCCACGCACUGACCGAAAGCUCGUUCUAUCCGACGGCCGUCGAGGAGAUGAUGUCUAUUUUAUAUUGGCGUAUGUUUAAUCUGUUCGCGAAUGUUGAUCUGCUAUUCCGAUUCACGAAACAGUACAAAAGAUUUCAACAGCUGGUGCACGAUACGCAUCAGUUCACGUUGCAAAUAAUAAACGAGAGAAGACAACUUUUCCAGCAGACAGGCGCAGAGAAAAACUCGAACGUGGAUGAAAACUACGGUCGCAAGAAAUUUGCUCUGUUGGAUAUUUUGCUGCAAUCUACAGCAUAUGGUAAACCCCUUUCAGACGAGGACAUCAGGGAGGAAGUGGAAACUUUUAUGUUCGCCGGGCACGACACAACUGCAUCUGCAUUAACUUUUCUACUUUUCAAUAUUGCUAAACACCCGGCAGAACAACAGAAGUUGUUCCAGGAAAUUGACGAUGUCGUUGGACUACAUUCUGGUGAAAUUUCAUUGCAUACACUCAACGACCUGCACUACCUUGAUUUGGUCAUCAAGGAAUCUUUACGGCUUUUCCCACCUGUCCCAAUGAUCGCCCGACUCUCCACCGUGGACACUCAGAUUGAAGAUGUAAAGAUUCCAGUGGGAACUUGUGUUUGUGUGGACAUCUUUGAAAUGCAUCAUAAUCCAGAAUACUUCGACGAUGCGGAGCGAUUCAACCCAGACCGCUUCCAUGCAGUCAGAGAAACUGGGAAAAGCAAUCCAUUUACUUACAUUCCCUUCAGUGCUGGAAGCCGGAACUGCAUCGGACAAAAAUUUGCGCAAUAUGAGCUAAAGACUGCCACGGUGAAGAUUCUCCAAAAGUUCCGCCUAGAGCUCCCUUGCCCAGACAUGGAACCGAUUUUGAAGGCGGAAAUUGUUCUCAAGCCAGCGAAACGACUACCAAUAAGAUUCAUCACUAGAUUUUAACAUUUAUUUUCCAAAUAUCUCUUCGUAGUUAUCAAUCAUAGUAAUAACACACUCUCGAGGUACUGCGCAUAUCGUUUCAAACCGCUCCGGACAUACGUCAGUAAGUGUUUCGUUGAAAAUGCAGGAACUCAUCAGAAUGCCGAGACCUACGGAGUCCAUUUCGUUCUCUUUAAUUGCAGCGACUCUGUGAAUAAAACGGAGUUAUGUAGAAGUAUAUAAUAUUGAUACGAAGAUGAUGUUGGUAGUUUUGAUCUUGAACUGAAUAAAGACUAAUUUAGAGUUUCAAAAUUCAUUUCUGUUA